UCUCCUAUCUUACAUUCUUAGUCCUCAACUUCUCCAAGCACUACUAGUACCACACACAAUGGCAAUUGCAGCAACCUCUGCCAUCUCUCUUCUUUUCUUUCUUCUUAACCUAUGCCUUAAAGGCACUUAUGGUGACUAUGGAGGUGGAUGGCAAGGUGGUCAUGCCACAUUUUAUGGUGGGGGAGAUGCAUCAGGCACAAUGGGAGGGGCAUGUGGUUAUGGAAAUUUGUAUAGUCAAGGCUAUGGGACUAACACUGCAGCACUAAGCACUGCUCUAUUCAACAGUGGCUUGAGUUGUGGUUCUUGCUAUGAAAUGAAAUGUAAUGGUGAGCCCAGAUGGUGCCUCCCUGGUAGCAUAAUGGUUACUGCUACAAACUUCUGCCCCCCUAACUAUGCAUUGUCUAAUGACAAUGGUGGGUGGUGCAACCCUCCUCUACAGCACUUUGAUCUUGCUGAGCCUGCUUUCUUACAAAUUGCACAAUACAAAGCUGGAAUUGUUCCUGUUUCCUUCAGAAGAGUUCCCUGUGUGAAGAAAGGAGGAAUCAGGUUCACAAUUAAUGGCCACUCUUACUUUAACUUGGUUUUGAUCACAAAUGUUGGUGGAGCUGGAGAUGUUCAAUCUGUGUCCAUCAAGGGUAAAAAUGGGUGGCAAAAAAUGUCUAGAAACUGGGGCCAGAAUUGGCAAAGCAACUCUUACCUCAAUGGCCAAAGCCUCUCUUUCCAGGUCACUACAAGUGAUGGCAGAACUAUGACUAGCAACAAUGUUGCUCCUGGUAAUUGGCAAUUUGGACAGACAUUUGAGGGGGGACAGUUUUAGAAAACUUUUUUUAAGUUCCCAUUUUGAGUUAAUGUUUGUGUGCUUGUAAUAUAUGGCAUUGUUGGCUUGUUUUGUUAUAGUUGGAAAGUGUGAGGAAAGAAAAAAAGGUAGAUUAGGAGGAGUUUCAAUGCUGUGGUGGCUAUAUGGCACCCGCUAGGCCUAUUAUAAUAUGUUGUUGUUUUUUUUAGUUUCAGAGAUAUCCCAUUGAUCAUUGAUGAAGUAAAAGUGGUGAUGAUCUCAAUAGCUUUGUAUAUUUAA